GCAGUCGAGAGAUUCACGAACGCUUGGCGAAUCGACAGAAUCAUUCAAACGAACCGACUCAUUAGAACGAUUCGGUCGAUGGUUUAACGGACCUCGUGAUGGUUCAGACUUUACAGAGGGUGAGAGAGAUCUCUGAGAGCGAGAUUUGCGUGUCGUUUUCUCCGCAGUCGGGAUAAGACACAUGCUAAAAUAUGGAUAAUGUUUUGGAUCAUGCGAUUCUCCCAGGAGGCGGUGAAAACCUGUUUGAAUCUGUCUGAUCUGCUUUCAGUCCGAACCAUCUUUGCGCAAAAUGGAUGCAUUGAGUUUCUCCGUGACGAUCUUCUGGUUUGUGUUCAUCGGGGGGAACAGAAUGAGCAGGGCCAUGCUGAGUGAUAUCGGUGACUAUGUUGGUACAGACAUUGAAAUAUCCUGGUUGCCCAAUCUGGAUGAUCUGAUGAAAGGUUAUGCUCGAAACUUUCGGCCAGGGAUCGGAGGACCCCCAGUGAAUGUCUCCAUGGCUAUUGAAGUAGCCAGUAUCGACCAUAUCUCAGAAGCCAACAUGGAAUACACCAUGACAGUAUUUCUGCGGCAGAGUUGGAGAGAUGACCGUCUGUCCUACAACCACACCAACAAAACGCUGGGCCUGGACAGCCGCUUCGUAGACAAACUCUGGGUGCCAGACACAUUCAUUGUUAACGCCAAAUCAGCCUGGUUUCAUGAUGUUACUGUGGAGAACAAACUCAUACGCCUGCAGCCUGAUGGAGUCAUUCUCUACAGCAGUCGAAUUACAUCUACAGUUGCAUGUGAUAUGGACCUCACCAAAUACCCCAUGGAUGAACAGGAAUGCAUGCUGGACUUGGAAAGCUACGGCUACUCUUCAGAGGACAUUGUGUAUCACUGGUCAGAGAGUCAAAAAAUCAUUCAUGGGCUGGACAAACUGGAGCUGUCUCAGUUCACCAUCACAGAUUAUCGCUUUGUCACGGAGCUGUUGAACUUUAAAUCCGCCGGGAGAUUUCCUCGACUCAGCUUACGAUUCCAACUAAGGCGAAACCGAGGAGUUUACAUCAUCCAGUCCUACAUGCCCUCCAUCCUACUGGUUGCCAUGUCAUGGGUUUCAUUCUGGAUCAGCCAAUCAGCUGUGCCCGCAAGAGUGUCUUUAGGAAUCACAACGGUGCUCACCAUGACAACGCUGAUGGUCAGUGCUCGUUCAUCAUUGCCCCGCGCUUCUGCCAUUAAAGCUCUGGACGUGUAUUUCUGGAUCUGCUACGUCUUUGUCUUCGCUGCCUUGAUCGAAUACGCUUUUGCUCACUAUAAUGCAGACUACAGCAAGAAGGAGAAAGCCAAAGUCAAGACGAAUAAAAACACAGAGACCAUGGUGAAAAAUGGGAAGCAGGCCAUGGUUCUCUUUUCGCUAUCUGUGACUGGCAUGAACCAGGGCCUGCUCAUCUCAAACAGGCAAAGCAGGUCCCAGCGGACCACUGACCCUUCUGGAGAUCCGCGCGAAGAGACCGAGGUUCGUGGCACUCAAUCCCGUCGGGCGCAGAAGGAAAGCAGUGAAGAGAAGAAAUGCUGCAAGUGUAAACCCAUUGACGCCGACACCAUCGAUAUCUACGCUCGCGCUGUCUUCCCUUUCACCUUCGCCGUGGUCAAUGUCAUCUACUGGGUGGCAUACACAAUGUAAAUGAUUUGAGUUCUGCAUGUAUAUAAAUCAAUAAACUGAUCGAUGUAAUUAUAAGAUUAUUAUUAGAAUAUCUGGAUUAUUAAGAUAAGAAUCAUUUAUUGUAUGCUUAUCAAUACAAUGAUAAGGCAGGCUUUUAGAAUGUGUGAAAUGCAUUAUGUUUAAUUAAAUUAUUUGGAAGGAGAGGGGUGCGUUGCAUUUGAAGAAGACUGAUACAUACCUCUGCAUUUUUACAGUUAAGUCUUUGAUGCUUUACAAUGAAGUUGCAUUAUUUGCUUUUUAAUCAUAUUUGCACCAGAAUAGCCUUCUGGUAUGAAGGAACUAAAGCACAACUUUACUGAAUGAUUAUUGUCUUCUAUCUUAUCUUCUCCAUCUUUAAAUCUUUCCUGGCUGAAAAGUUUUUUUAUUGUUGUUGUUGUUGCAGUGGCAGGCAUUGCUGUUAAAAAUGUGCUCAAAUAAACCUGAGCAGUCUAAAUGAACAGAAAUGUUUCAGUAUGCAUUCUGUGCAUCAUUCUCCCAGCAUAUAAAUAUGAGCAAUUACUACUUUGUGUUGUUGAAAAAUACUACCCGAUUCAUGGGAAUCCGGCUUACAAGUAAUGUUGUUAUGCAUGAGAGUUCAUAUCAGUAUCGCUGAUGAAGAUAGUGAUGUUAUUCUGGCGAUUUAUCCCUCUUUUGAAACUUUUCUCUUUAUUUUGCCUUUUCUUUUGUUAGAGGCAGCUCUAAAGCUACCUUUCUUCUGAAAUUACGCCGCUGCAAAACUUAACAAUCAGUCAGCAGUUUUUGUGCAUUAAAACAAACAUACAUUAGCAUGUGAUUUAUUGUUUUCUGACAUUUUGAUUUCUUUGUAAAUACAUUAAUGCCACUACUAUGUGGAAUAACCAAGUCUGAGAGGAGGGCCUCUGUACCGUAGGGUAGGAUAAUGACAUGAUUAAUGUCCUUAGGGACAAAGUUGAUAAAUAAAACUGUUCUUGCCACCAAA